AUGUCUGCGAGUGACUAUAUUGAUCGUUCGGACUAUGAUCAAGAUCAUUAUUCUGACAUUUUAAGAAAUUCAAAUCGUUCACGUUUAACAUUAGAACAGUUAGAAAUAUAUCAAAGACAAAAUCGUAAAACAACAAAAUUAUUAGAAAAUAUUCAUCGUUUACGUAUGAAAGAACGUGAUCGUGUCACACACGCAUUUAUUCGUCAUGUCAAUGAUGAUAAAUAUAUAUCAAAAUUAAAAUGUGUUCAGGAUACACUAAAAGUAAGAAAAUAUAAUCCAAAUUCAACAGCCUCAAGUACAAACAAUUCGAAAUUAUCCCAUCGUACGCACAUUGAAAAUGAACAGAAUAAUGGAAAACAACUGAAUAGUAAAACAGGUCAACAUUUACAUGAAUUUGAAGCGCCAAGUAAAACAAAAGUGAAAAACAAUUAUCUAAAUUUUAUGUCCAUUUCAAACAAACAUCCUUUAUUUUAA